AGGAGGUCCUGAGGGUAUAAAACAGCUCUGUCCAGACGUCUCCCCUGCAGAGCAUUUUAAGCAACCUCAAGCAUGCUCAGGUUUCUUUUGUUGACUUCUCUUGCAGCCCUGGUGCUGGCUGAGUUGCAGCCUGAGCCCAGGUACCUGAGGGAUGACAAUCUUCAGGACAGAGUUGUUGGAGGAGAAGUGGCCAGACCAAACUCCUGGCCUUGGCAGAUCUCUCUUCAGUACCUGUCUGGUGGUAGUUACUACCACACCUGUGGGGGAAGCCUGAUCAAGACAGGAUGGGUCAUGACUGCUGCUCACUGUGUGGACAGAUCCAUGACUUGGCGUGUGGUUGUUGGAGACCAUGACAUCUACACUAAUGAGGGCAGAGAGCAGUACUUGAGUGUCAGUCAGGUCUACGUCCACCCCUCCUGGAACACCAAUAAUGUUGCUGCAGGGUACGACAUUGCUCUCCUGCGCCUCUCCACUCCAGCCACCCUCAACAGCUACGUCCAGCUCGCCAGUCUGCCUCCGUCUGGUCAGGUUCUGCCCCACAACAACAACUGCUACAUUAGUGGAUGGGGCCGCACCCAGACUGGAGGUCAGCUGUCUGCUCAGCUGAAGCAGGCAUACCUGCCUGUUGUUGACCACAACACCUGCUCCAGCUCUGGAUGGUGGGGGAGCACCGUGAAGAGCUCCAUGGUCUGUGCUGGAGGUGGCAGUGAAUCUGGCUGUCAGGGUGAUUCUGGUGGCCCCCUGAACUGCAGUGUCAAUGGCCAGUGGGUGGUUCAUGGUGUGACCAGUUUUGUGUCUUCCUCUGGCUGCAAUGCCUACAGGAAACCCACCGUCUUCACCCGUGUGUCAGCUUACAUCAGCUGGAUGAACGGCAUCAUGGGUUGAGGAGAGGAGGUAUCACCAUGGAAACAAGAAGACUUUUAUCACAAUAAAACGUCCUUUCUUAUGAAUUUUAA